UUAGUUAUAUUUACGAUAAAUCAUAAUAUUUUUUGAUGUCUUCAUCAAGAUAUCAGUGAAAUUGAUCCACAAAUUGAUUUAAAAAAAAAACUUUUUUUCUGUGUCUGUGUGACCACAAAUUGAUCCCAAUUUUUCAGUGAAUAUUUCAAAAUUGAAUUUUCUUUGUAAACCAAUGCGACGACAAUACUAUCGGUGCCGAUGUUUCCUAACAAACAACUAUUUUCUGGCCGAUUAUAAAAUUCAUGUCAAAUAUUAUGGUAAUAACGAUAACCGAGACGAUCGAGACUUCUGGACCCGAUUUGGUGACCAAUUGGCGGCAUUGGGCUGUACUACGGAUCAACAACGGCAAGCAGUUAGCCGACUGUUGAGGACAGAGUUUGACAGACGUCUGAAUUUGGACCAACAGACUGUCCAACGAAUCCAAUUCAUACGCGACAACUAUCGGCCAAAACAUCCGGAUAUCUAUCGACUGUCUGUUGACUAUCUGUGCAAAUCGUUUGUCGAUUUGGUCGACCAAUGCAAACGUGGCGAUCAGUUAUCGGAGAUAUUGCCACACAUCAGGACAGUCAGUCGUGAGCGAAGAGUCUAUCAGUUUGAUGUGUUUACCACCGAGUUUUGCGAUAAGUUUAUCGAUGAAUGCGAUCACUUUAACGGGUCGCCAAUGCCGAAGACCAGACCGAAUACAAUGAAUAAUUACGGUAUACUUCUUAACGAACUGGGUUUUGACGAACACUUUCUGACACCACUGAGAGUAGACUAUUUGAAUCCAUUGGCAAAAGUAUUUUUUCCCGAUUGGAUUGGCAGCGAUGGUAGCGGCGACGGCACCAGUGAUGGUCUGGACAGUCACCGGGCAUUUACCAUCAAAUACAGUCUGAACGAAGAUCGCGAUCUGUUUACACACUAUGACAACUCGGAGGUUACGCUGAAUGUAUGUCUGGGCAAACAGUUUACGGGCAGUGAAGUCUAUUUCGGUAGUUUUCGUACCGAACAUCAACAACGACAUACUGAUCAUACAUCUAUUACUGCACCGGUAGUUCAUUCGCCCGGUGUCGGCCUAUUUCAUUUGGGCCAACAAAUGCACGGUUCGAUGCCCAUUACGGACGGCCAACGUCAGAAUCUGGUCAUUUGGAUGCGCGCGUCGACAGUACGCAACCAAUUGUGUCCGAUGUGCGACACGAAACCCGAACCUCUACUGUCAACCGGUUUCGGCGACGGGUUUACCAUUGAUUGAUAAGACUUAAUGUGAUUCUAGACUUAUAUAUGUUUGUUAUUA